AUGAUAAUAAUAGCUGGAGUUACGAAAUUUGAAAGAUUUAGAAAUGAAGAUAUAUGGAGAGAGCUGGAGCAAGAACCGACAAUGAGAAAGAUCGAAACCAAACAAUUAAACUGGUUUGGCCACAUAGAGCGAAUGGAGAAAAGGACACUAACAAAGAAGGUACAUGGAGCCAAAAUGGGAAAGAAAAGUAGAAAGGAAAGACCGCGGAAAACAUGGAUGGACCAAAUCCAUGAUAUAGGUGAAAAGAGAGACAUGACUAAAAGAGACAUAAAGAACCUGGCCACCAACAGAAGUGCAUGGAAGAAAUGGAUAAGAGGCGGAACCCUACAUCCGACACCCUAA